AUGCACGUCACGAAAGAGCUCUCGUACAACCCCUCUGUGGACAGGUUUGAAGGGCUCGAAGAAAGUAACACUGGAAGAGGCCAUAACCUUGCAAACAAAGCUCUUGUGUUUAUGGCUAAAGGCAUUCGCACGCCAUGGAAGCAGCCACUUGGCUAUUUUUUUGCUCAUGGCGGAACCCCUGCCAACAUUUUGCGAGCCCUCCUUUUUCAGUGCCACAAUUUGCUUGUGAAAGCCGGCCUGGAGGCAGUAACUGUGAAUAAGAAGUCACUUUUUUUUCUAUUUGAUGUUCCACAUCUGCUGAAGUGCUUACGAAAUAUGCUCUUCAAGUACAAUUUUCAAGUUGGGGGCCACACGUUGAUAAGCUCUUUCCUUAGGGAAGCCUACGAAAAAGACAAACAGCUUGAAAUCCGAUCCAUUCCAAAGCUCAGCGAAAAGCAUUUUAAUUUGACUUUUGCCUCCAAGAUGUCAGUGAAGCUAGCAGCGCAAAUAUUCAGUAAUCACUGUGCUGCUGCAAUGUUUGCCAUGGUAACUUUCCAGCAACUGCCAGUUGAAGCUAUCCACACGGCCCGGUUUAUUGAAAAAAUGGAUUGUCUUUUUGAUAGCUUGAGCAGCUCACAGAAACGCGGGAAGAGUGCAUAUGUGUCUGCAAGGCACGAAGGCUCUGUUCACAAAGAGUUUAUGAAAGAAUGCCUUCUUAAGUUCGAAAGCCUUAACGUUCUUGGGUGCCCACGGCAGCCUGCUUGCACUCGCGGUUUCUUCUUGACCAUUCGGUCUAUUAUGCUGAUUUGUGAGCGCCUGACAUCUGAGUAUGGUUUCAGAUACCUUCUGACUCGCCAUCUCAACCAAGAUGCACUCGAAAACAGAUUCUCCGUGAUAAGGUCAAAGUCUGGUGCAAACGCCAAUUCCUCUUGCCGGCAGUUUCAGGCAGCCUUUAGGCAUCUCCUAGUUAGCAACUUGUUUAAACUGUCCGACAAGAGCAACUGCGAAGAGGACAUGGCAACUCUUUUAGCGGCUCUUCCGGUUGGUCUCUCAGCUCCCUCACCUUCACUUAGUCUAGGAAGCUCACUUCCACAAUGUGCAGCUGACCACACAUCCUGUAGUUAUCCCUUUUUAUUAUCAUUUAACAACAUAGUUUACUUUGCUCGAUGGCUUGUAACAAGGUUUGUAAAGUUUCAUACAUGUCAAAACGUGACUCAGCAAUGUGAAUUGCAAAUCAAGAAUGCCACUUUUUCUGAUGAGAGCCAAGUGUUGUUGUAUUUGAGUGUGAAAGGAACGGCUGAAGGAGACUUUGGAAGCCUCUCAGUCCCUUCACCUUGCUUCGUUUCCUUUGUUCAAGCUUGUGAGAAGGUUUUUGUGGCGUCAGUUGACAAUCUUGGUUUAAAAGAAGGCGUUGGGAAGGCGUGGUGUAUCACUCUUCAUGAGAAGGUCGAAAAGCUGCUGACUCUCUGCAGCGAGGAUGUCUAUGAUGAUUUAUUUGCUUUGUUUGCAAGUGUGAGGCUUCAUUGGUUUGCCCGUAAAAAAAAUACUGAUGCAGCUGUGAGACGCAAAACCAAGCAACAAGUCCAGAGGCUGUGCAGAUGAGGCAACACGUGCGUUAUGUCCACAGUAAGUCCCUUUAGUUUGUCUUACGUGUUGCAUUCAAUGAUCGUGCUGGCAUACCGGAUUGUGCGAGUGCAUACCUCUAAAUUAUCACACGCUUUGCCGAAACUGUCUCCUGCGAUGACCAAAUGAAUC